AUGACACACCAAACACAACAGAAACGCUCCCCGCGUCCGCAACAGCUCAAGCGCUCGGAACACAUGAAUUAUACAAGCUUCAAAGAUUUGGGUCUCACCAGUCCCGAGCAGGACGAAUUCGAGAACCAUGGUAAUCAAGGUACCGGUCUGCAUCAGGAAAUGGCAGAGCAGGCUGGCAAAGCGGAGGGCUCCGGUGGGAGGGAAACGGAGAUAGUGAAAGGGGAAUGUACCAGGCAGAGAUCUGGGUCGAUGAGGUUGAUGGAAUGGUUCAUGCGGCUAAGGAAUCAAGGCUUUCCCUACAUCUAUCAGAACGCCCUUCUUACCAUUGUAGGUCAUCUGGGAGGUAAAGUUUGA